UUCCCCACGCCUCCCGCCACCAGAUCCCACCUGCAGGCGCCCUCUGCGGGGUGGCCACGUGGACGCUGGGGUGGUGAGUGCGGGCCGGACCGGGCCGGUUUGAGGGCGCUGUGGUCGUAGCCGUGCCGUUAUAGAAUACAUGUGAAUUUUGAACCCAAGAUGGCUCAGAAGAGGAAUUCGAGUGGGCAGUCAUUCGCAUUGCUGCUAAUGAUUGUUGUGGCCUUUGUUCAUUUGACUAUCUGUCCUUUUACAAAAGUGGAGGAAAGCUUUAACCUUCAAGCUAUUCAUGAUGUGGUGUACCACCAACUGGACUUUGAUAAGUAUGACCAUCAUGAAUUUCCUGGAGUUGUCCCAAGAACGUUCCUUGGACCAAUUUUUAUUGCUGCUCUUUCCAGCCCAGCUAUAUAUGUUCUUUCUGUGCUAAGAAUGUCCAAGUUUUAUUCCCAGCUGAUAGUCAGAGGGAGCUUGGGUCUCAGUGUGAUUUACACAUUGUGGAAGCUGCAGAAAGAAGUUAGAAAGCAGUUUGGAGCGGUUACAUCAAUAAUCUUCUGUCUCAUCACUGUUACUCAGUUUCAUUUGAUGUUUUACUGUACAAGAACCCUCCCUAAUGUAUUUGCACUUCCUUUUGUGCUCCUGGCAUUGACGUUUUGGAUACAACAAAAGCAAAGGCCAUUCAUUUGGUUCUCAGCUUUCGCAAUUAUAGUCUUCAGAUCAGAACUCUGUAUAUUCUUAGGCCUCAUGCUUCUGGUGACCUUGUUAACUAAAAGAAUCUCCAUUUUCAAGGUGCUUUCCCAUGCUGUUCCUGCUGGAAUUUUUUGUUUGGGGCUAACAGUUGCUGUGGAUUCUUUAUUUUGGAGGCAACUUGUGUGGCCUGAGGGGAAAGUGCUCUGGUAUAACACCGUUUUAAACAAAAGUUCCAACUGGGGAACCUCCCCUUUCUUGUGGUAUUUCUAUUCAGCCCUGCCUCGUGCUUUGGGAUGCAGCAUUGUAUUUGUACCUUUGGGUGUAUCAGAAAAGAGAACUCGGAUAUUACUUUUGCCAGCACUGGGCUUCAUUUUCUUAUAUUCAUUUCUCCCACAUAAAGAGCUCCGUUUUAUCAUGUAUACUUUCCCUGUCUUCAACAUAGUGGCUGCUAAAAUGUGCACACGAAUUUUGAAUAACUACCGGAAAUCCUGGCUGUACAAACUUGGAUCUAUCUUUGUUGUAAUGCAUCUUCUAGUUAAUGCUGCUUAUUCAGGAACAUCUUUAUAUGUUUCACAUUUCAAUUAUCCUGGAGGAGUGGCAAUUCAGAAGUUGCAUGAGUUGGUACCUUCAACAGCAGAUGUCUCUGUUCAUAUUGAUGUGGCUGCAGCACAAACAGGAGUUUCUCGGUUUCUAGAAAUCAAUUCAGAUUGGAGGUAUGACAAAAGAGAAGAUGUUAAACCAGGAGACCAGUUGAUGUUUUCUUACACACACAUACUGAUGGAAACAAACCCUCUUGAAAUAUCACAUUACAAGACAACCCACAGACCACUGGCAAAUAUACCUGCCAUCAGUAAAAUUGGAUUGAACCUUACAGUACUACCUCCUUUUACUUUAAACCUGAAACCAAAAUUAGUACUGUUGGAAAAACUUCCUGUAUCAUCUUGACUGUGAAUUUUAAGUAAGUCUUUUGAUGUAAUUUUGCUGGUGACUGAACAAUAAUUAGCAGCAGAUUGACAUGCCAGCACUGCAAUUCAGCUUCCGUGGAAAGGCAUGGAAAACCAUUGUACCAGUUGGUACUUAGCUCUGUCCUGUUUCUCACAUGAGUAUUACAACACAUUCCUAGUCAGUAUAUACUCAAAUACUGAGUUAUGUUGUUAGCUAUGUUUGAGUGAGAUUACCUAAAAGCUUAGUGGUAUUUAGUAAAACCUGUCUACUUAGUUUGGGUAGCUGUCUGUUUAAUAAUGUAGUGCAGGUAUGUCCCAACUGUCCUAUAUAAGAUGCAUAAGGGAACAGGUUGGUGCUAUGGCAAUCAUUUGAUAUGUUAUCUAUGAGUGCAGAGACGUAUUACUUGAUGUAUCUGCAGGAUUGUAACCCCCUCAGUUGUCGGAUUGCCUGUGUGAAACUUAAUGAUGUUAUCAACAUAGGAAAGCCACAUUCAUCACAGCUUCAUCAAAAUACCUAAUUGUACCCUGUAGGCUACCAAACUAAUUAAUGUGAAAGAUUCACUUAAAAUGCAGUUGAGCCUUUUGACAAGCACUGUCUCAUAAUAGAUUUGGAAGGUUAUCUUCAUUCCAAAAGUUCAUGAAUAAGCAGCAAAAAAAAAAUUAAUUAAAAUCUUUCCCUCUUUUGCUGUAAAAAUUUACUUAGGAAAAUACUCAUGUGAAUACAUUUUAAGAAAAUAAGUGCUGUUUUCCCUUCUGUUUUUUUUUUAUUAGGUAGCAGUCCCUUUGGAAAGGAAUAAUCUGAUGUGCCGUGUGUUGCAUUCUGUAAACUAGAAUAAGAUAGCAUGCUCUCUAGUCUUUACUAAAU